AUGGAAUUCCCUGCACCCAAUAUUGAGACAAGUUCCGAAAGCGAGGUAGAAGAUACUGGUGAUUCAACGUUUUAUCCCAGUAUCUCGGACGCUCUCACCGUUAGAUAUCUGCUGCAAUGGAAGGUUGUGGCGGGUGGGAUUCCGCCUGAGAUUGCGGAUAUGAUUAUCGAGGCGGCUGAGUACUGGGCGUCGACGGAAGUGAAGAUAGACCAUAAGAUUGUCGUUAGACAGGAUGCGGACCGGGAACUGCUGAGGACGGUGCCGCUGUGUCAUGAGAAAACAUCAGAUGGAUCGUUAUCCAAGCUCCUUCCGCAUCGACUUGCCCACCCCUGUCGAAAGAUCGUCUUUAACCUGGACUGUCACGACCAAGGCUGGGGAGGAGAGCCAGGAUGCAGAGGUACAUACCGGGGGUCGCAUACCUGGUUCAAUGCCGAAGUCGUUCCAUUGGAAAACGAACACGAAGAGGUUAGGAAGGCUGGGACAAAACCAGGCGAACCGAAUUUCAUGGCCAACGGGAACAAACUACAGUCCAACUUGGCUGCCACAGUGGAAACCAAGCACUAUACUACCACCUGGCAUCAUUUGGACGCCAUCGAACCCGGAACUCCCGAGGCAGAAGAGAUCGAACAAGCUCAAGGCCGUGGACAGGCGACUCUAGAUGGACGACGGGUGCGAGAAAUGCGGCCGGGCGAUUCGAUUUCGGUCUGGGGACGAGCGAGGUUUGGGGGAUGGGCGAAUCAUGUCCAAGGGUUAAGCGUGCGAGUUUUCUGGGCAGUAUGA